AAAUUUCAAACAAACCCCACUUUCCUCUCUCUCUCUCUCUCUCUCUCUCUCUCUCUCUCAAUGUAGGUAAAGGGAGAGAGUGUUGUUUGAUGUUGAAUGAAAGAAAAUAAGAUAGGAAGAUUUGGUAAGUGAGGAGAGGAUUUGUGGGUGGACGUCGGUUUCGGAAUCGGACCACAGGGAAGAUGAGUACUGCGAGAUUCAUCAAGUGUGUGACGGUCGGGGAUGGAGCUGUGGGGAAGACGUGCAUGCUUAUCUCCUACACUAGCAAUACAUUCCCAACGGAUUAUGUUCCAACGGUGUUCGAUAACUUCAGUGCUAAUGUGGUGGUGGACGGUAGCACGGUCAAUCUCGGACUUUGGGAUACGGCAGGUCAAGAAGAUUACAACAGGCUAAGGCCUCUAAGCUACAGAGGUGCUGACGUGUUCUUGCUGGCAUUUUCCCUCAUUAGCAAGGCCAGCUAUGAAAAUAUCUCUAAGAAGUGGAUCCCUGAACUGCGACACUACGCUCCGUCCGUUCCCGUUGUGCUGGUGGGAACCAAGAUGGAUUUACGUGACGAUAAGCAAUUCCUACUUGACCACCCGGGUGCAACUUCAAUCACAACUUCUCAGGGUGAAGAAUUGAAAAAGACGAUAGGUGCAGCUGUUUAUGUGGAGUGCAGCUCCAAGACUCAACAGAAUGUGAAGACGGUAUUCGAUGCAGCUAUUAAGGUCGUUCUCCGACCUCCCAAACCGAAGAAAAAACCACGAAAGAGCAGAACUUGUAUGAUUCUCUAAGAGAUACUAUUCGACUUUCUCCGGUUUUUAUUACAUUGGCUCAAAAGUUCCUAAGGCUGUGUUUGGAUGCACCAUUUAAUUGAAUUGUAAUAAUGAGCUCCGCGGAUGAAAUUCUCAAAUCGCUAGUCGCUACUACUCAUAUUCAUAGCGAUUGGGUCAUUACUUUCAUAAUUUGAUUUCAAAUUAAUGUGAUUGCAAGCCAAGGGCUAAAAUUGCACACUAUUACUACUAACAUGGUUGCUAUUUGAUAGUUUCUUGUGGAUCGAACAAUUAUCACAAUCCAAUUCAGUUGUGCAUCCAAACGCAAGAGUUUCCUUCUUUACUUGUUCUCUUUUUACCGCUUCGCAUGUAAUCACGACUGAGUGAUCCAAUCUAUUUUGAGAUCUUUGGCAAUUAUUGUUUA